AUGUCUUGUUCCUAUUUUGUUAUACAUCUUGUUUUGUAUUGGAAACAUUCAUCCUUACCAUUCCUAUUAUGGGCCUCUGAUGCUGUAUCCAUUAUUGCUGGUUUAAUUUUGUGUUAUGCUGGGUUGUUUGGUAAGAGACAAGAAGGUGAAAAUGUCCAAUUUUUGGAGCCUCUUUUAAAAAUUAAUUCCAAUAAAAACAAUGUUGAUGAUGGACAAGAACCAAGUGUCGGUGGAGAAAGCGUAACUCCUUAUGGAAAUGCCAAUCUUCUUAGUAUCUUUACUUUCUCUUGGAUGGGUCCUUUGCUUGCACUCGGGUAUAGAAAAACACUGGACCUUGAAGAUGUUCCUCAACUUGCCAAUUUUGAUAGUGCUAGUGUGGUCUUUGCUCAUUUUAAAUACAAACUUGAAUAUGAUGGUAGCAGUGAUAAUGGAGGUCAGGUAAGGACACUCAAGUUGGUGAAGGCACUAAUUCUCUCAACAUGGAAAGAGAUUUUACAGACAGCUCUACUCUCCAUUAUAUGUACAAUGGCUUCUUAUGUUGGACCAUACCUUAUUGAUGCCUUUGUUCAGUAUCUCAAUAGCCCUUACCAACUAAAACAUAAAGGCUAUACAUUAGCUUUUAUUUUCUUUCUUUCAAAGCUCAUAAAGAGCUUCUCAGAGAGGCACUUGUUCUUUCAAUUGCGAAAGAUGGCAAUUAGAGUCCGUGCUGCCUUGUUUGCAACAAUCUAUAAGAAGGGUCUCAGGCUUUCAAGCCAAUCAAAACAGGUACACACUAGUAGGGAGAACAUUAAUUUGAUGAGUGUUGAUGUUGAGAGGAUUGCCUUUUUUAGUUGGUACUUGCACAAUAUAUGGAGGACUCCUAUUCAAAUUGUUUUAGCAUUGUUGAUUUUGUACAAGAGCCUUGGGCUUGCUUCACUUGCAGCUUCUAUUGCCACAAUGAUUUUCACAUUAGCAAAUGUUCCACUGGGAAAACUAGAGGAAAAAUUUCAUGGGGAAUUGAUGGACUCAAAAGAUCGAAGGAUGAAAAUGACAUCUGAGGCUUUGAGGAAUAUGAGGAUUCUCAAGCUCCAAGGCUGGGAGAUGAAAUUCUUGGAUAAGAUAAUUAAGCUCAGGAACUUCGAAACAAGUUGGUUAAAAAAAUUACUCUAUACAUCAGCUAUUAAUUCAUUUCUCUUCUUUUCUGCUCCCAUGUUUGUAUCCAUGAUUACUUUUGGGUUGUGUGUACUUAUGGGAAUUCCACUAGAGUCGGGGAAGAUUCUAUCUGCUCUUGCAACAUUUGAAAUAUUACAAGUGCCCAUUCGUAGUCUCCCAGAAACAAUCUCCAUGGUAGUUCAAACUAAAGUUUCUCUCAAUAGGAUAGCCUCAUUUCUCUGUCUUGAAGAUCUUCAUUCGACUAUAAUGCAGACACUUCCAAGAGAUAGUUCUAAAGUUGCAGUUGAGAUAGUCAAUGGGAAUUUCUCUUGGGACCUUCAUUCCCCAAAUGUUACAUUAAAAGAUCUUAAUUUUCGAGUGUAUCAUGGUAUGAGAGUGGCUAUUUGUGGCUCUGUUGGGUCAGGUAAGUCAAGCCUUCUUUCAUGCAUAUUGGGGGAGAUGCCAAACAUAUCUGGAGCCAUUAAGUUGAACGGGACAAAGGCCUAUGUUGCACAAUCACCUUGGAUACAGAGUGGCAAGAUAGUAGACAAUAUAUUAUUUGGUAAAGAGAUGGAUAAGAAAAAGUACGAGAUGAUACUUGAAGCAUGUUCAUUGAAGAAGGACCUAGAAUUGUGUGUCUUUGGGGACCAGACUAUCAUAGGAGAGAGGGGGAUCAACCUGAGUGGUGGGCAAAAGCAACGAAUACAGAUUGCACGUGCUUUGUACCAUGAUGCUGAUAUUUAUCUACUGGAUGAUCCUUUUAGUGCUGUGGAUGCCCACACAGGAACUCAUCUAUUUAAGGAGUGUUUGUUGAGAAUUUUGGGUUCAAAAACAGUAAUUUAUGUUACUCACCAAGUAGAGUUUUUAGCUUCUGCUGAUCUUAUACUGGUUAUGAGAGAUGGAAGGAUUACACAAGCAGGAAAGUAUGAAGAAAUUCUUAGUUCAGGAACUGACUUUAUGGAAUUAGUUGGUGCACAUAAGAAAGCUUUGGCAGAACUUAAUUCUAUCGAACAAGGGGCUACUUUGGAUAAUUUAAUUAAUGGUGAGGAAGAUUGUAAUAUGCUAUAUAGUGAGAAGCAUGUUCAAGAUGAUGAGGAAAGGAAACCCCAAAAUGACAAAAUAGAAAAAGUGGUUGGGCAAGAAGAGCAACUUGUCCAAGAAGAAAAGAGAGAAAAGGGCGAAGUUAGCCUUUCAGUCUACUGGAAAUAUUUUACUGCUGCAUAUAAAGGGGUUUUUGUACCAUUGAUAUUGUUGGUACAAAUUCUUUUUCAGGUUCUCGUAAUCGUCAGUAAUUACUGGAUGGUAUUGGCUACUCCUAUUUCAAAGGAUGUGAGACCCCAUGUUAGAGGCUCUACUCUCAUAUUUGUUUAUGUUGCUUUGACCCUUGGAAGUUCUCUUUGUGUACUUAUAAGGUCCAUGCUCAAUGUAAUUGCUGGAUUCAAGACAACUACUCUACUCUUCAACAAAAUGCAUUUUUGUAUUUUUCGUGCUCCCCCAUCAUUUUUUGACUCUACUCCUAGUGGAAGGAUUCUAAAUCGGGCAUCUGUAGAUCAAAGUGCAGUUGAUACAUUUAUUCCACAACAAAUUGAAGAACUUCUUGUCUCAUUCAUAGAAUUUCUAGGAACUGUUGCAGUAAUGUCACAGGUGGCAUGGCAAAUGUUAAUAAUUUUUAUUCCGAUGACUGUGAUAUGCAUUUGGUAUCAGGUAAUUCUAUAGCCAAUUUCAUUUUUCAUUAUU